AUGGAGGUGACGGAGACGUCCCCAACACCGAUCACGCCCACGACAACACAGCCCGCCGCAGCUGGCUGUGUCACGCCACCACCACCAACGCUAGUGGCUGAGAGGCCGGGGACACCUGGGAGGUCCCUGGAACCGCUGCCCCAGGUCCCCAAGGAGAUGGCCGCCAAGAUCCAGGCCAGGGCAACAUCGCAAACCCAUCCACCCCUCGCGGGCGAGACCAACCCCCAGGAAGAGGGAACAACAGGACGAGCGACUGGCGCUGACGAUGACGACGACGUCGUUUUCGUCCCGACUCCAGCCGUGGCACAGCCGGAGCCAACCCAUCAGGGCCAAGCCCCGCCACGACCUCCAACCGGCCCACCACUCACUCCAGCCGCCACGACGCGACCACAAAGGCCACGAGUGACCCAGAGGACGCUCCGACCGGACGGACAGGAGUACUGGGCUUGCCUCACGCCUUUCUUGGGAGGCGUGUGGAAGAUGGAGUCUCGCAACCCCGGCUUCGUGAAUGCCCUCCAGACCCUGGCGCUGUUGCAGCACCAGUACCCGGCCAACGUGAGGGUUAUCGUCCCUCCCCUGCCACGGGUCCCCAGUCAUCGCCACCACAGAAAGAGGAAGUCCUCCAGCUCGUCAUCUUCCUCCUCGUCAUCGGACUCGACCUCGUCCACCGGUUCGUCCUCGUCGAGUUCGACGUCCAGCGAGGAGAGGCACAGGAGGAGCCGACGACAUCGCUCCAGGAGGCGGGAACACUCGGGCCAGGGCCGAGACAAACCCAAGGGACACUCCAAAGCCACUCGAGGGGGCGAGAUCCCAGACCUACCCCUCGAAACGCCACCAGCCACCCCGGCAGCAGGAACACCGGCAGAGGACGCAGAGGGGGUGCUCGUCCUGCACGCGUCAGACACUGACACCGCAGCUAGCGGUAAGGCAGAGGGCGAGCCAUUCUGCCCUCAGUGCGGGUUCCAUUUUUUCACAACGCAGACCUGCCCGAGACACGAAGAACCCCCUUCACCUGUCGCCACGGUGCGCCCUGCGGUCAGGAACCCAGAGGAACCCAGAGGACCCCCCCAAGCGAGCCUACCAUCAAUAGCUCAGGGGAGGCGACCCGAGGUGCCGGCCAGCUCCUGGUACUCCCCUGCCUACGACGUACACCCCUACGAGGCUCACAGCAGGGCGGAGCACCCCCGCUACCCACCAGAAGAUCUUCGGGAGGAGUACGCCAGGGGGUACUGGCGGAGCUACGCCCAAGACUGCCCACCCUACUCAGGACCAUCUCACUACACGGAGUACCCGGGCAUGCAGGACAGACCUCAAGGGAGGGGCAGGGGCAGGUGGGCCCAGUACUGA